AUUUAGAAAUUUUCCAGUAUAAUUUCCCAAAAAUAAUUCGUACCGGUUAAAACAAAUAGCAUUUCAUAGCAUUCGCACAUUGGAUUGCAUAUUGCAGUCGAGCUUCAAACAAGCCACACCAACGCCUGUGCUGUGGCCUGUGGCGGUUCAAAAUUCCAUCUUCCUCCUCUCUCUCCAACCUUUCAAAAUUAGGGUUUCUACUCUUCCCUCUUUUCAAUUCAAUUUCAUCUAACCCUAUUUUCCGCAGAAAAACAUAAAUCAAUCUCUAGAAUCAAGAGCUUGAAGAAUUAACCUCCGACAACAAUGGCGGAACACUUGGCAUCCAUUUUCGGUACAGAGAAAGACCGUGUGAACUGCCCUUUCUACUUCAAGAUCGGCGCAUGCCGCCAUGGAGAUCGCUGCUCUCGACUCCAUAAUCGCCCCACUAUCUCUCCUACUCUCCUUCUCUCCAACAUGUACCAGCGCCCCGACAUGAUUACUCCAGGCGUCGACGCUCAAGGUCAGCCAAUUUCUGCCGAAACUCUGCAAUCUCAUUUUGAGGAUUUUUUUGAGGAUAUAUUUGAGGAAUUGAGCAAAUUCGGCGAAAUUGAAACCCUAAAUGUGUGUGAUAAUCUUGCUGAUCAUAUGAUUGGGAAUGUUUAUGUGCAAUUUCGUGAGGAGGAUCAAGCGGCGGCUGCGUUGGGAGCUCUUCAGGGGAGGUUUUACUCAGGGAGGCCGAUUAUUGCUGAUUUUUCGCCGGUGACGGAUUUUCGUGAGGCGACUUGCCGGCAAUUUGAGGAGGAGAGCUGUAAUAGAGGUGGUUAUUGUAAUUUUAUGCAUGUUAAGAUGAUUGGGAGGGAGCUGAGGAGGAAGUUGUUUGGGAAGUUUCAUAAUUCUAGGCGUCGAAGGAGCCGGAGCAGGAGUAGGAGCCCGAGGCCGGUUAGGAGGGAGAAGGAAAGGGAAAGGGAGAGAGACAGGGAGAGGGAUUUUGAGCCCCGGGUUCGCGAUAGGAGGAGUGAGGAUGGAGGAGGGAGAGGGGGGAGGAGGAGGAGUAGGAGCCCUCCGCCGGCAAGAGAAGGUAGUGAGGAGAGGAGAGCUAGGAUUGAGCAAUGGAAUCGGGAGCGCGAGGGGAAGAUUUGAUUUUUUUGGUUAAUUUUGCUCUUUUGCUUGAUUGAUUAUGAAUUUAUGAUUGAAGUUAAAUUUGGAAGAAUUUAGUGUAGUUAUGCUGAUGCUUAUUCUAGGGAUUAUGUUCAGGCUUUGAAGUUUGAUCAUGUUUAUUUUUCUGUGAUUUUUAAAUUUGUGGGUUAUUGUUUUACAAAAUUGAGUAAAAUAAUUUUGUUCUUUGUUAAAUUUAUGUUUAAUGCAGUAACAUUUCUAAUUUCUAA